AUGGUAGUUAACGAUAUCUUUCCCAGCUUCAUUCAACGCGUCGACUCGGCGGUCCCGCUCGGCUACACCACGCCGCCCUUCCCAUCCCUCUACUGGCCUCUUCCCGCUGGCACCACCCAGUCCUUCUACCUCUACCGCCCCGACGAUAUCCUCCGCUUUACCGUGUACUGGACACUGCUCUUGGUUGGCGGUAUACACUUCAUCACCGCACUAUGGGCAUGUGUAGUCCAAUGGCGCAACUGGAAAUUAAUAUGGAUCGCCCUGCCCGUCUUCAGUUUUGUUGGAGGCGUUGAAGCACUUGUUGCGGGUCUGCUGCCAUGUCUAUCGCGUCGCAUACUGACUGCAAUCAGGCUAGGAGGUGUAUAUCAGGCGGGAUACUUCGAAAUGUCUACCUGGAUACCUUUUGUCUGGGCCGUCAUCAACACCCUGGUGCUCAUAUUGUCUUCCUUUGCCAUCUACGGCGGUCUCUGA